AUGAGACCCCUGGGUGCCUCUUCGGCUAAGAAGGUGCAGCUCGUGCUCUUGCUCACACUGAUGACCAAGCUCACCUGUGACGCAGAGGCCAUGACAAGCUGCUGCAUGCGCAAGCUGCACCCAUGCACACUGUAUGAGUUGCUGUGUCGUGCGGGACACCGGAACCUCACCGACCCGGACAGGAUACUCAGCCGCCUGAGCAGCGACGCUGCCGCCGGGAUCCUCACACUGGGCAAACGGAAAGCGACCGAAACCCGGUACCAGGAUCGACUGCAGCAUCUUCUGCACAGUUCACGCAAUCAAGCUGCAGGGAUCCUUACUAUGGGCAAGAGAGACGGAGAGAGCGGACACGAUACCGUUCACACUCCCAUUAAACUGGACCUCGAGAGACCACUGAAGUACCUGAUCCAACCUGGAGACAGAGACUCAUACGGACAAUGA